AUGGCAGGGACCAAAAGAUCGCAUGACGGAAUGGAGGUCAAUCGUCCUUCUUCCAAAUCAGAACCCACAUCUGAGCAAACCUCUCCCUUCAUCCCCGUUUUUGAGUUCUUUCGCUCAGAGCUGGACGAGCAUCACGAUCGAAGAGAACGGAUUAUCAAAGUAUCACGGGAUGUCACUGCUCAGAGUAAGAAGAUAAUAUUCGCUCUUCAAAGAGUACGGGAGCUGGGCCGACCAAUUCAAGCAUCCAUCUCCAAGCAGAUUACACCGAUGCACUCCACCAUCCAAGACUUGCUGCAGACCAUUGUGCCAGACCUGCAGGGCAUCAAUGCCUACCGCUAUCGGAACAACAUAACCGGCGGCAUCCAGGAGUUCAUGGAAGCUGUGAUCUUUCAGCACUAUCUGACCACCCAGCGAGUGAUGACUUUCGAGGAGGCGGCCGCCCAGCUGCCAGAAGGGCUUACGCUCACUUACGAGGACUAUGUGCUGGGCUUGUUCGACACGACGGGCGAGCUCAUGAGGUUUGCUAUCACGUACAUGGCCACCAAUGGACGACUACCCGGCUCAGAGAUGGGGUCCAAGUCCAACAUCCUCACAGACAUGCAGUUGCUUCGGAGUGAAUUAGAAGCUCUGGAUGUCGGUGGAAGUUAUGGACUUUCGAAAGACUUUUGGCAAAAGCUUCGGACGACCAGAGCCUCGAUCGAGAAGGUGGAAAACGGGGUGUACAGCAUGAUCGUGAGAGGCAAGGAGAGACCCAAGGGAUGGAGACCAGACGUGUCUCUCACGGAUGGGCCGAGGGAGGCAGACCAAGUGGAGAGUUAUUGA